CCACGAGCAACGCAAUCCCCACAAGUGUAAUGAAGUUGAAGUAAAAUGAAAAACGAAAACGAAUCGACCGACAAGAAGACAGAAGGAGGAACGUCGCUGACAAAACGGGCUAAAAAAAUUUUAAUUCCCCCAAAAUCUCCAAAAAGUGCCAAAUUAAAACGCGCGAACUUUCUCGUAAGAAAGUUAAAGUUUAAAUCAAAAAGUGCUCCUACCCGAUCUGAGUCGGCUGACAUAUCGAAACUACGCUCAGCUGCAAGUACAUCAUCUCAAUCUACAUCAGUCGAGCGUCAAACCCCUGAAGGGGAUGAUAAUUUUGCUUUGACAAAAUCCGCAUCAGAAACGAAUUUACAAGAAUCUUGGAAGGAUUCUGAAAAUCUCGAAAGGGAAACUGCAGCAGCAGCAUCGAUUACCAAGAGCGAAAUUAGUUUUGAUAACCCAAAAUUUUACGUUAGCUCGGAACCGAGGAAAAGUAUUCCCGAACGCACGAAAUCUUUGGAAAAUUUAAGAAAAAUGCCUGCAUAUGGUGAACUUAUUUUGGAUUCAUCGACUCUUGGGGCCAAUGCAAGUACGAGUAAGCCCAAAGACCAUCUCUACAAGAUUUUGGUGAUCGGUGAUUUGGGCACUGGCAAAACCUCCAUAAUUAAAAGAUAUGUGCAUAGGUUUUUCACGCAGCAUUAUAGGGCGACAAUUGGUGUGGAUUUUGCCUUGAAAGUUCUCAACUGGGAUGAAAAUACUUUAAUACGCCUCCAAUUAUGGGAUAUUGCCGGACAAGAAAGAUAUGGCAACAUGACAAGGGUUUACUACAAAGAAGCUGUAGGCGCAUUCAUCGUUUUUGAUGUAACAAGAAGAAAUACUUUUGAAUCAGUAAUUAAUUGGAAAACAGAUCUGGAUUCCAAAGUGCAACUUCCAGAUGGAACACAAAUACCGUGUGUCUUGUUAGCAAAUAAAUGUGAUCAGCAAAAAGAGGGAUUAGUGACAAAUCCCACAAAAAUGGAUGAAUUUUGUCGGGAAAAUGGGUUCGCUUCAUGGUUCGAGACAUCAGCAAGGGAUAAUAUCAACAUCGAUGAAGCUGCUAGAGCCUUAGUGGAGAAAAUUCUUGAAAAAGACAGCAUAAUAAACAACGAUAAGAAAGGCGAUCAAUUUUCAAUUAGCAGAGACUCGAAUCCGACAUCCAGUGAAAACAAAUGCUCGUGUUGACAGUUUCUUCUGUCAAACCAUUGCUUAAUUUUGAAAUAAUUUUAAUUUUAGCAUAAUUACUUAAGUUAUAUUUGCAUCAAGAAUAUUUAGAUUUGUAUUAUGCCUGUAACCUAGAAAUGUAUGGUAGAUUUGAUGUGUAUAUCUAAUGUUCGUCAAGUUUUAGAUGUAUAAAAUUGAUUUGCGAAUGAUAAAAUAUUCAUAAAAUGUAUCUUCUUCUCCAAUCCUUUAUACUGAAAGUAUAAGUGUUUC